AUGGACCCGCGAACGACGGGCCUCGCGGAGGUCUUGAGGACGCUGCAGAGGAUACUAUCUUCGCCUGACCUUGCUGUCUCGGAGUACUUGGAGCCCUUGUCAGAGGACGGGGCGACGACGACAAACAGGUUUCCGGUCUUGCCUCGAGAAAUGCCGGCUGUUCCGCUGGCCAGACUCGAUCGGACGCUCCCUGCUGCUUCACUCUCACAUGCAGAAGAUGGCAAGAACGACGAUGAUACUCUCGCAAGCCUAGCAGAGCACUUCACGACCAGAAUCCUCCCAUAUCUCAACCUCAGCUCGCUCUCGCCCAACUACUACGGCUUCGUGACCGGCGGCGCCACCCCGGCGGCGCUGCUGGGCGAGUUCCUCAGCUCUGUCUACGACCAAAACGUCCAGGUCCACCUCCCGCGCGAAACCAUGGCGACGACCCUCGAAGUGGCCACCCUGAACCUGCUCGUGGAGUUGUUCCGGCUGCCGGACGCGGAGUGGGGGAUUGGACAACGCAGCUCGGGCGGCGGGGGGACGUUUACCACCGGCGCCACGGCGAGCAACGUCCUCGGCCUGGCACUGGGGAGGGAGUUCGUGCUCCGCCGGGCCCUGCAGAGGCGAGGCAUCCCAAAUGGUGGCGACUUGAGCUGUGGCGAGCAGGGUGUCGCGGAGCUCAUGCACCAGGCCGGUCUCCGGAAGAUCCAGGUGCUCAGCACGCUGCCGCAUUCCAGCAUUGCCAAAGCAGCCAGCAUCGUCGGGAUCGGACGGAAGAACGUCAUCUCCGUUUCCUCCCCGGAGGGCGACGGCCUGCAGAUCGACAUAAAGCGCUUGGGCGUGGAGGCCGCCAGACCGGACGUUGCCAACAUCCUGGCCAUCUCGGCCGGCGAGGUCAACACGGGCCGCUUCGCCACGGACUCGUUCGACCAAAUGACCCGACUUCGCCGCAUAUGUGACGAGUUCGGCAUCUGGAUCCACGUUGACGGUGCGUUUGGGCUCUUUGGGCGCGUCUUCCCUUCCGACGACAACUACGACGGCAACGCCGAAUUCGACGCGGUGAUACGUGGAGUCGCAGGCCUCGAGCUCGCCGAUUCGAUCACCGGCGACUGUCACAAACUGCUCAACGUCCCCUACGACUGUGGCGUCUUCUUCACCCGCCACAAGACUCUGUGCGAAGAUGUCUUCCGGAACGGCAACGCGGCAUAUCUCACCAGCGCCACCGCCCCUGCUAGCACCUUGCCGGGCAACGCAGACGCGGGUGGGGAUGCCUACGAUGCAAUCCAAAGCCCGUUGAACAUCGGCAUCGAGAACUCGCGUAGAUUCCGCGCACUGCCUGUAUAUGCGACGCUCGUGGCUUACGGAAGAGCGGGCUAUCUGGAUAUGUUGAAACGGCAGAUCAGGCUGGCGAGGAGGGUGAGCAGUUGGCUCCUCAGAGACGAAAGGUUCGACCUCCUACCAAUGCAGAGUGGCGGGGAGAUCGAACAAGACACUCUGGUCAGGACAUUUAUUGUGGUCUUGUUUAGGUUGAAGGAUGAGAGCCUGAUGAGGACCUUUGUGAGCAGGGUGAAUCACACCGGGCUGAUCUAUAUGACGGGGACGGUGUGGGAUGGGAAGCCCGCAGCAAGAAUUGCCAUAAGUAACUGGAAGGUCGAUCUCGAGAGAGAUGGCAAGUUGAUCGAGGAGGUCCUAGACGAAGUGGCUGGAGGACGGCGGUGA